AUGUCGGACAUCCCACUAUCCCGCGCCGACGAGGUGCAAAACCUCCUCAAAGCCGUCGAAGACCUCCUCAUUCCCUUUAUUCGAUCCGCAGACCAACCUGCAUCCCAGUCCCAAACAAACGGAGUCAAUGGACACGGCAAACCGACAGGAACUUCGUUGGUGGAUUACAAGAAGCCCGAGGAUCUCCGCGAUAUCCUGCAGCUAGAGAUCCCAGAGCAAGGCAGACGUCAAGAGGGUCUGAUCGAGGUUCUGCAGAAAGUCCUCCGCUACUCGGUCAACACCUGGCACCAAGGUUUCCUGGACAAGCUGUAUGCGUCCACCAACGCCCCCGGUGUUGCAGCGGAGCUCAUUCUCGCAACCUUGAAUACCAAUGUGCACGUGUACCAGGUCUCGCCUGCCUUGACGGUCAUUGAGAAAUAUACCGGUCAACGGUUAGCGAACCUCUUUGGUCUCAAUGGACCACGUGCAGGAGGUAUCUCGGUUCAGGGAGGCUCAGCGUCGAACACCACGUCGAUUGUGAUUGCUCGUAACAACCUGUAUCCCGAUACAAAGAAGGAGGGUAAUGGAAGCUACCGAUUCGUGCUUUUCACCAGCGCGCACGGCCAUUACAGCGUUGAGAAGGCUGCUCAGAUGCUUGGCUUCGGUAGCAGUGCUGUUUGGCAAGUUCCCAUCGAUAAGCAGGGACGAAUGAUUCCUUCGGAAUUGGAAAAGCUGGUCCAGAAAGCCCAAGGCGAGGGUCGGACACCGUUCUAUGUGAACGCCACCGCUGGAACAACGGUUUUGGGCUCGUUCGACCCAUUUAACGAGAUCGCGGCCAUCUGCCAGAAAUACAAUCUGUGGUUCCACAUUGAUGGGUCCUGGGGCGGAUCUUUCGUUUUCUCUCAAAACCAGAUUCACAAGCUGUCUGGCUCGGAGAAGGCGAAUAGCAUUGCGAUCAAUCCACACAAGAUGCUUGGUGCACCGGUGACUUGCUCAUUCCUGUUGGCUUCGGAUAUGCGUCAAUUCCACCGUGCCAAUACUCUUCCGGCGGGCUAUCUGUUCCACAACGCAGAUACAGAAGCGACGAAUGGCGAGUCUCACGAAUCUGAUAUCGAGGUCGACUCGCCGGAAGUUUGGGAUCUUGCUGAUCUUACACUCCAAUGUGGUCGUCGGGCUGAUUCGUUGAAGCUGUUCCUGGGCUGGACAUACUAUGGAAGUGAGGGCUAUGCCCAGCAAAUUGACUCUGCAUGCGAGGUGGCUGCUCAUCUUGCCACAAUUGCUGAGAAGAACCCUAACUUCAUCUUGGUGAGCGAAAAUGCUCCUCCAUGUUUGCAGGUCUGCUUCUACUAUGCCCCUGGCAAGCAGUUUGUUUACCCACGUGGGGCUGUGUCGGAUGAAACACAGCGGGGGAAGAGAAACAGCAAGGUCACCGAGGAGAUCACACAUGCCAUCGUGCCCAAGGGCUUCAUGGUUGACUUUGCUCCACCCAGUGGCGAUGACGAUGCGGUUGGAAACGGUAAAUUCUUCCGCUGCGUGGUUAAUGUUUUGACCAGCAAGGAGACAGUUGAGUCCCUUAUCGCUGCCAUCGAGGCAACUGGCCCGGGUAUCAUUGCGUCUUUGAAGUCCCAAUGA